AUGCCUUCACACGGCGGUGCUCUGCAAGUGCCAAAGGCUGCCGACAACAAUGGCACGUCGUCGUUCCUCGCCGACAGGUCGGCGAAAGUCUUCCUCGCCGGCCACAAAGGCAUGCUGGGCACCGCCAUCCACCGUCGCCUGGCCGCGCUGGGCUUCACCAACAUCGUCGGCCGCACCCGCGCGGAGCUUGACCUGACGUGCGAGCCCGCCGUCCACAAGUUCUUCGACGCGGAGCAGCCCCGCUACGUGAUCCUCGCAGCGGGCAAGGUGGGCGGCCUCCACGCCAGCUCCGCCGCGCCGGCCGACUUCAUGACCGAGAACCUGCGCAUCACCAUGAACGUCCUCACCGCCGCACGCCGCUGCGGCACCGUGCGCAAGCUGCUCUUCCUCGCCACCUCCGCCAUCUACCCCGUCGACGCCCCCCAGCCGAUACCGGAGUCCGCGCUCCUCACCGGCCCACCGGCGCCGGGAAACGAGUGGUACGUCCGGUCGUCCAUGGCGGAAAAGCUUGCAACAAGAGCGUGCAUGCAUGUACGGUCGCAACAUGCAACUCGAUUUGACAAGAUUUUACGCCGACUUUAUUUCAGGUAUGCCAUCCCCAAGAUCGUGGGCAUCAAGAUGUGCCAGGCCUACCGCGCCGAGCUCGACGGCAUGGACGCCAUCGUGGCGACGCCCAACAACCUUUACGGGCCGCGCGACCCGUUCCCGUCGGAGAGCUCCCACGUUAUCCCGGCGCUCAUCCGCCGGUUCCACGACGCCAAGGCCAGCGGCGCCCCAGAGGUCGUGGUGUGGGGCUCCGGCCGCCAGCUGCGCGAGUUCACGCACGCCGACGACGCCGCGGACGCCGUCAUGCUGCUGAUGGAGACGUACUCCGGGCCCGAGCACGUCAACGUCGGGAGCGGGCGCGAGGUGACGGUGCGCGAGCUCGCGAAUACGGUGAGGGAGGUGGUCGGGUACGAGGGGCGGGUCGUCUGGGACACGAGCCGGCCCGACGGCGUGAUGAGGCGGCUGCUGGAUAGCUCCAAGAUGGCGGCGCUCGGGUGGGAGCCCAAGGUCGAGCUGCGGGAUGGGCUCAAGAAGCUGUACGAGUGGUACCUGCGUGGCCGCGCCACAGACUUCGAAGCAUGA